AUGAAAAGAAAAACAACCAUCAAUCGCAUCUUGCAAGGAUUAAAUUCCCACAGAAACACAUUGAGCAUCAACAGUAACCAUAUUUAUGUUUUGCAUUCUUCUUCAUCCAUGAAAUCAAACACCAUAUUUUUUAAUGCGUUGAUGAAACAUGUUCCGAACAAUAACAACAAAAUUAAUCAUCCAGCAACAACAUCAUUCGGCCAAAUACGUUCCUACACCACUACAAAUUGGUUGAAGGAAAAAGAAGCAUCAACAAAUGAUAGUGAUGUUACAAAUACUUCAGCACCUUCAUCCUCCGAACCAAUCACUCUCAAUUUGAUGGAUUACAAGAAAUGGAACGCGCAACAAGUGGCUUCGGUGUUGACUUCUCCUAAAUCUUUGGGUGGUGCUGGUUUGUCGGUUGAUGAUGUGAAGCCUUUGUAUGAGGCUGGUUUUGAUAGCUCAUCUCUCCACAACAUUGCUGAGAAUAUCAUGAUGGAUGGUGUAAAGUAUGCCAUUGAUCAACUUCAAAGCACUUAUAACAAGAUUAGCGUUCCUCAACUCUCCGACACUUGUCAAACGGUUGUAUUUUGGGUGCUCGAUCAAUUAAUGACCAGACAAUAUUCACUAUGGCAACUGGAACCAAUUGCAACAGGAGGUGCUGAUUUGAGUCUUGAUCAAGCUUCUUCAUUAGAUGACAAAUCUCUCUAUACCAUUGCAAAAACUGUAAUCUCUGCCAACGAUGAAGCUGCAAUGAAAAAAGCUCAAGACAUGGGCAUUGAUUUGACCACUUGCACACAUUUAGUCGACUGGAUUCACAACAAGUUGAAAAAAGAUAAUUUACAAGUACCGUUGUUAAAAAUUGAACAACAUUCAACAAGACCAAACUUUCGUUAUUUCUCACCUGAUGAAAGAGAACGCUUAACAAAAGCGGACGAGAUUCUUAGAGGUGCAAUCGACGUAAAGGCAAAAACAACCAAUAUGCCAGAGCAGCAUAAACGGUGGUAUUUGUCGUUCUGUAAUUUAGUGCUCAAGGGACAAAAUCAACAUAACAGAAUGCCCAAAGAAAAAGAGAAUUAUGCUAAAGAUUUACAAAUACUGACCAUCCAAGCAAGAGACAUUGUAUUCAACAAUGUAAAUACUGACAAUAUAUUGAGCAUCUCUAAUUUCGAGACGGUGAUGAAUGACAUGAUGAAUGAACAGUUAGCAAAUAAGAACAAUCUCGAAAAAAAUCUGUUCAUGAGAGAUAUACUUGUUCCCUUAAAGACACAUUGCAAAAGCUCUUCGAAGUUUGUAAAAGAUGUUCUAAUUCCAACUCGAAACAACGAGAUAGCAAAAGAUUUGUUACCAUUUCUUCCAAAAUUGCAAGUAGAUUUGUUUGAUGAAAAUGAAAGAAAAAAAUUAGACCAAAAAAUUCGUGAAGGUUCAACGAUUCAUGUGAUCGGUCCGUCGGGUGUGGGAAAAACUGCUUUGAUUACAAGAAGAUUAGGUGUCAAUCCAGGAAUCAUGAUAACAUGUUCGUCUUUAAAUGAUUCGUCACGUCUUCCUGAGAGAAGUUUUGACAAAGCCUCUCUUGGUUUAAGAAAAUUCAUAGAGCAAUCAGAAUCUAUCAUUCACCUCUACGCUACUGCUAGCCAACUUGUUCAAUGUAAUCUUAUUGCAAGAUUGAUAUCCCUUCACACUUCGUUGCACAUAUGGGAACAAACAGAUGACAAAACACCCUUUGAAAAUCCUCUCCAAAUGUUGUCUUAUUCUCAAUGGAACGGAAAUACACUUACUUCGUCAGAAAUAUUUACGAAAUUAAUAUCAAUUAAUUGGCUAUCACUGCCUGCAGAAAGAUUAAGAGACUUCACAAUUUUUUUGAUCAAGCGAUUAUAUGUCAAAUUGAAGUUAACGGAAGAUCAAUCUUUUAUUAUUGCCAUAGAUGAGGCAAAUAUUUUCUCAUAUCUCCAAACUUCAUUGCUGUCUUUUAAUGGUACUCCUCGAGAUUUGUUGUCAUUGAUUGAGUUUGAAAUUUCUCUUCUGCGAGAAAAGUGUAACAUGAAAAUUAGUGAUAUGUAUUGUGGAACCUUCUUUACGACCGACAUUGCUGACAUUAUUCAGUCAUCUAUUGGGAAAACAAGAGAUAUAGCACAUGUUUACUCUUGCAUUGGUUUAGAUGAAAUUAAUUUUGACCAAGCAUUACAGUUAUUAGGAACAAUGUAUGAUGUUGAUGCAAUUUUAACAGCAGCAAAGAUCAGCAAAACAAAGCUUGGUCAUUCUAUUGGACACAUAUUCCCAACCAGGAGAAGAAUUAUCGGUCUUGUUUCAGAAAAAACUUUACCAUCUUUCAAUUUGAUACGUGUUAUUACAGACAUUUGGAACGAAUUUGUGGGUCAAAUAGAACAAACAGUAUUAGAGAGAUUUGAUAACAAAACAGAAUCAGACUUUAUAGAUGCUUUUUUAUUGCAAGUGAUGUUGAUUCAUGAAUAUUCAUCCUUUUUAGGAAAAACAAUCACCUGUAACAGACAACUAGCCUCUUCGAUAAUAGGAUCUGGGUUGGCAAAACCAAAUUUUGACUUUUAUGACGUUGAUAACAAUGAUCUGUAUUAUUUUGAUGCCUCUGAUCCAAUUCUUAGAACGGUUGCUAAAAAAAUUUUAGAGAACAAAUAUCCAAACUUGAAAACAACCGCUCAUAAUCCAAUGACAGUUUUGCAGCAAUUGCUAUUCGUUCCACAAAACAAACCAUACACAUGGAACCUAGUAUUUUCUCUUCUAUUGCAACACCAUAGCGGCAAAUUUAUUAAGGACAAUGAGAUCAUUUCAACAUUCAUCACCAACAGAAGCCCAUAUAUUUCAUUGAGAUAUCUUUAUUUUGUGAUCAAGUCAUUCAUUUCGUCCGUUGAUUUUUAUCUCAAGCAUCACAAUUCAAAAUGGGCACAAGUAGUGCUAAAAAAACAUUCUACACGAGACAAAAAGACUUUUGGAGAUGUGUUAUAUUUUCAUUGCGUAUCAAACUACGACAAACAUAUUAACAAGAAAUCUAAUAUCAGAUUUCAAGAUAUUAUUGAUGGAUUAUAUUUUUUUCCUGCUAAGAUAAGUCGUCUUGAUGGUAUUUGUUUGAACUUUUCAGAUCAACCUUAUGGUAUUGUUGUGAGUAAUAAGUUACAUAAUUGUAACAGCAUCAUCUUUGAAGAGGGUAUUAAAAAAGGAAUUAAGGCUGUGAAUACUCGGUAUUUCUAUAAACAAGAUGAUGGCAGCACUUGGCGUAUUGGUUGUAGUUGGUAUAGCGAACACGAGGCCUUUUUGACAACGUUGGCUAACAAUAACAAAUUGAUUCCUCUGCUGGCACAUAUUCACAUUAAUUAUAAGCAUCUAGCAACAACUAAUCCUGGUAUUACUACGAUUGAAUCUACUUAUUCUAACAAUGGAAAAUUUUUAAUAAUGAACCCAGAUUCGAGUAGCUUAAGAAAACUAUGCCCGGAUUUGUUUAAUCUUGUACAACAGAAUCUGUUUAACACAGCUACAUUCGAAAAUCCGAAUUUAUAG